UUUUGGACAUUUUUGAAAACAAUAAGUAUUUUCAGAUGGUUAUGGAGAAACAUGGGUCAGGUAUGGACCUGUUUGAGUUCAUUGAUAGAAAUCCUCAUUUGGAUGAACCACUGGCUAGCUACAUUUUCAGACAGAUUGUAGCAGCAUUGGUUCACUUACACAAACUGAACAUUAUUCAUCGAGAUGUGAAAGAUGAAAAUGUGAUCCUGGAUCAGUUCUUUCAUGCUAAGCUGAUUGAUUUUGGAUCGGCCACUUUUCUCUCUCCUGGGAAGUACUACUCUACAUUCUGUGGGACUAUGGAAUAUUGUAGCCCUGAAGUUUUAGUAGGAAACAAGUAAGUUCAGCCCACUAGUCAACAUUCUC